CAAAAUUUGUGAUGAUAAUCAAAUCAUUAUCAAAUAGUAGAAAGGAGAAAUCUCCCGCAUUGCUUAGGUAAUAAACGACCUCGGCGAAUAUCAUCCACAUGCAAUCAGGACGACAAUUCCUACAUCUACUACGUGAGGAGUCCGUCGCGCAUAACAAUUGACUGCCCGAACCGUUAAUCAAUGGGCCGAAGUCGUAGCAGGAUUAUUAAAUAAAUAGGUUAGGAUGAUAAAUCCUGUGCAUACCCAGUGGAGUCCGAUACUUAAGGGGUGCAAUUGCACGGAGAUAGGCGAGGAAUUGAAGGAAGUACCAGGUAGACAAAGUCACUGAUGUUUGAUGACGUUGUUGUGCACACGUCUUUACAUCAUCAAUGGAUUGCCGCGGAUGACGUUUCAUGGCGACACACAAACGAUAUAACGACAAUUAAUCAUCCAGCAAAUCAACAAUAAACAUCACCAGGCAUCACCAAACACAUCUUACCUGGAGUCAGUUUUCUUAAGCUCGCUAGGUACACUGAGAUAAACUCUACAUUCUCAACUCGAAGUACGUACACGCAAAAUCAGGAUGCUUCGAUACCCUAAAAUACCCCUUUCAAGCCUCCGCUCUAUCUCACGAGGGCGACCCAAUUUAUUGCUAUCUUCUUGCCCGUUUUCGUCAACCGCCGUGGCGCGAGGCCCUCUCCUGAGUGCAAUAAAACAUGAUCAUCGGGAACUCGAGGCUUGCGAACCUCACAUCAUGAACCACAAGAGUGCCGAUGAGCGAAUCAGGUAUCGGAACAUCUUUGUCUGGGAACUAGCCCGCCACUCAAUAGGCGAGGAGAUCGUUGUGUACCCGGCAAUGGAAAAGCACCUGAAUGAUGGUAGAGAAAUGGCAUCCAAAGAUCGUGAGCAACACCAGACGAUCAAGGAACAACUAUACAGGUUCCAGGGUCUGGAGGCGAAUGAUCCUGAAUUUGGGCCUACAUUCCGCAGCUUGCUCGCUAGCUUGCAGCAGCACGUCAAAGACGAAGAGGAGCACGACUUACCUCAGCUCGAAUCCAAGCUCGAUGAAGAUUCGUUACUGAAACUAAGCAGAUCAUUUGAGCGUACUAAACUUUUUGUGCCCACUCGAAGUCACCCGAUGGCGCCCAACGUUCCACCCUUCGAGACUGCUGUGGCGCUAUUGUCUGCCCCCAUCGACAAGGUCGCUGACAUUUUCCGCAAGUUCCCCAAGGAGGAUGGGCCAAUGCUAUAAUUUGUUCUUUUCUUCCCACUAUUGAUAGCUUCCUUAACUAUGCGAGGCUUGUACGAAUUGACAAUUCAAAAUGUAUAACACAGCCACCUUUGCACCGGUGUAGGUAAUGAAUCUGAUAUAUAUGCGCGGUCCAAGUGUUCCAUCGUCUAAGGUAUCUCUUCGAGGCGUUAUCGCCAAAGUCUAAAUACGCCAUUCUAUCCACAUUCAAUCUAAUAUGUUAAACAAAUGUCUCGCCCUGAAUGAUAGCCAUAACAUCCGCCAUAAAAUGGGUUUAAGGGAUUCUCUUAUAACUAUAGACAGAUUGGUAAAUAAUAUCAUUGCAUUUAACAUGCGAUGGAAAUAUAAAGUUCAGCCACCAUAAGUCUUGUCUCCUUUCACCUAUCCUGGAAGUUGCUAUACCCAGCCAUGUCGUCUUAGUGAGAAUGUUAACAGAGAAAGGGCGUCGGAGAAAGCCUUUCCCAAAACAUAAUGUUGCUGAUACUCUCAGCAGCAGUUGACCUGGAAUUUCC